AUGUCGGUUUUCCGUGGCAUCCUCGUGUUCCUCCUCGUCCUCUUCGCCGUAUUCCAACAGACGUUGGCGAUCGUCCCCAAAGAGAAAUGGAUCACGGUCCAGGGCCCUGACGGCAAAAAGAUCCCCCUCCGAGAUAGCCGGAAGCCAGCCCUAUAUACUGGGGAUUUUGGCGACUGUAUGGGCAGCAGCUCAUUGGUCAAGGUGACCAGGUUCGAUGCCGCGUUUUACAAGGAUAACAUGACAGUGGUGUUUCAUUUGCAAGGGUCGACCACCCUGGCGAAGGAGGCGGUUAUGAUGUACAUCGGCGUCUCCGCAUAUGGCGAAACCCGUUUCCAGCUGCCCUUCAACCCAUGCAGUGCCAAUAUCCGGAGCGCAUGCCCUCUCAGCAAGUCUAUCCCGAUCGAGGCCAGAGGGAAUAUCCUAGUCGCCCCUGAAGACAUCGCGAAUAUUCCUGAUAUUGCCCUUACGAUUCCAGAUUUCGAAGGCAGAGCCAUCUUUCAAAUAUUUGCCAACUCCACGAAGUCAGAAAUUGGAUGUAUCUCAGCGGUGGUCACUAAUGGCGCCACGUUCUCUCACCCGUACGCAGUCGGGUCCCUAUUGGGGGUUUUCGCAACCAUUGCCAUCGUCUCCUCUUUCGCUACAGCAAUCUAUGGCCACAAUGUCCCUGAGAUGAGGAAGCACUAUGCGCAUUCCAUGUCUGUUCUUGUGGUCUUUGCCGUCUUCCAGCACAUUUACUACACUGGGGCUUUGUCUUUGAACUUGCCCAGUGUCCUGGUAGCAUUCUGGAGCAACUAUGCGUGGGCCGGUGGAAUGAUUUUCACCAAGUCGAUGCAAAGCUCGAUCAACCGUCUAGUUGGAGAGGACAAGGGCAACCCCAUGGCCGUUGGUGCCUCAGGAACUGGUUUCCGAAUCGAGAAUCUUGCCGGCAAAUAUGACCUCCGGAAGAUCUACAAAAGAGACGCGGACGAUUCCACUCAUAUGUGGGCGACGAGAGCCCUUUUGACUGAGGCAAACGGGUUUAGCCGGUAUGGCAAAGCCGCUAACGCUGGGCUACCGCUACCUGGAAAUUACUCUGGAUUUGCGGGCACGCUCUCUUUCGAAAAUAUCCCAGCCUCGAAUGCGUUCAUGACCGGGUUCCUCUGGCUACUCACUGCCGUCGUUAUAAUCGGAAGCUCAGUUGCACUGUUCAAAUGGACCCUGGAGGGUAUGAUGCGGGUCAAUCUCGUCAAAGGUCAUCGACUUGGUUUUUUCAGGAAGAACUGGCAAUUCUACACCCAAGCAGCAGUCUUGAGGACGUUGUUCAUCGGAUUCUUCAUGAUAAUAUUCCUUACAACAUUCCAGUUCACCUAUCAUGGCGCUUCGGCAGUCAUAGGCAUUUCUACCACGGUCUUCCUCCUUUUCUUCAUUGGCGGCUUCACUCUUGCAGGAUACGCUGGUUACUAUCGCAUGAAGCGUGGAACUUGGACCUUCGGCAAGGAAGUGUUCUGCGUUGGGAAGGGAAGGGUUCUCAAAAUCAUGCCGUGGUGGACUAUCUCCCGCGACAGCGUCUCGCAUUCUGAGGGUGAAAGGGGUACUAUCCACUUCUGUGUCCCGGUCAUUAAAUACACUCCUAACGAAGAUGGGAUAACGGUGCACGAAGAUAUCGACUACAUGACUAGGUUUGGUUGGCUCGUCUCUCGGUAUCGCCGAUCGCAGUGGCUCUUCUUCUGCUACUGGUUAGCUUAUGAGUUCGUUCGUGCAACAUUGUACGGCGGGGCAAGCGGGCAUCCGAUGGUCCAAGUCUUCGGACUCCUCGCCGUCGAAACCCUCGCCUUCUGCGGCAUCAUCUACGCCAAUCCCUACGAAUCUCGCCGCCUCAACGCUCUCGUCGUCUACCUCCUCGGCUUCAGCAAGGUUGCCACCCUCGCCCUCGCUGCCACCUUCCACACCCCCUUCGCCCUCCCCCGCAUCCCCGCCACCGCUAUCGGCAUUGUCAUCAUCGUCCUUCACAGCCUCCUCACCCUCUUCCUCCUCGUCGCCAUCGCCAUCAGCGCCGCCACCUCCUGGAUGAGUAUCAUGCGCGACCGCCCCACUGAGGACUUCCAUCCGCAGCGCUGGCGCCGCCUCCGCGAGAAAUACUUCGCCUACCUCGCCCGCGCAGGCUCGACUCCCUCCGAGGAGGACGCCCAGGAGAAAUCACCGUCCAUCAGCGUUGAAAGCUUGUUGUUCUGGCGCAAGCGACCCAACGCGUCGCGUCUCGCGUCCGAGAGCACUACCAGCACCGUGGCGCCCGUAACGGGGUUCCGGGUCAGCAGUGUGCGUCGGAUCGCGAAGAUCGAGGAUGAGGACCCGGAUAUCAGGAGCGAGCGAGCGCUGUCUGCAGCGGACUUCCAUGCGGAUCCGGUACUGGUCAACCCCGCUGCAGAUGAGGACGAAACCACACGUGCUCCGUCGAGCGUGGCACAGUCUGUGAGCCCGAAUAUGUCUCCUGAGCGCAUUGCCAUACCCCGGCGUCCGCGGCUGGAGCGGAUAGAUACGGGGGUUGAGUGGGAUGGGACGCCGGCGGAUGCGGCGUCGCGUCCGCGCAGUGACGCUAGUGUGGACAGCGGGAGCUCUGGCUCCAGAUCACCAGGGGUUUCGGAGGGGGGUGCAAGCGGCUUGACGGUUGCUCGGGUUCGGAGGAGUCGGAGUGAUGGAAGUACAUCGGUGUCGAGGUCAGAGUCGUCGGGGACGAGGUCGGCGUCGGGAGGACUGAGUUAUGGGUCGUUGCCGAGGGGGGCGGUGCCGCAUAAGGCGAGUUGGAGUAUGCGGGAGCUAGGUGGCGGGGGUAUCGGUGUCGAGAGGAGUGGGAGUGUGGACAAGUGAGGGGAAUCGGCUUAUUGGUCUGAACUCGUUCAUCACAUUAGUCAUGAUGAUAUCUUAUGCAUCAUAGACGGCGCAUGAGUUUACCUUACCGCUUCGUUGGGGCGAAGGUAUGGACCAGAAAAAGAGUUUGGGACAUAGGCGGCGUUAGUCGGUGGAUCUGCUAGUCUUUCGGAUCGGAUAUGUUGAUAUGAGAUCGUGAGAUCAUGCUAUGGAUAGAUAAUCAACGAU